GUGCAUUGAAGUAGGCGGGCCUCCGUGUUUCCAUAGCUAGUGUGUGGUUGUAAUCCGUUGCUAUCAACCUGACACAACUUUGUUUACUAUUCAUUCAUGCAUUUCGCUAGCAUAGCAUUUUUCACAGCACAAUAUUAUAGAUGUCCGCGACAAUGACGUCAUCCUGACUUUUCAUGUUAGCGAUUUAAAUUGUUGCUUGAGGCUGAAUGCCUUUUGCUGUGUGUGUCGUCUGGUCGGGGCAUCGCUUCCCUUUAAUGCGUUUGGGUUGCAGUGGCCUCUGGACAGCGGCUGUGUGAAUUAAAAUAGAUUCACAUCUUUUCUAACAUUGCGCUGCUCCGAAAUCAUGUUUAAUUUUAUAAAGAUGCCGGUGAGGGGGACCCUGUAACAUAAAUGACUGUCAGAAAUAUCGCCUCCAUCUGUAAUAUGGGCACCAAUGCCUCUGCUCUGGAGAAAGACAUUGGUCCGGAGCAGUUCCCAAUCAACGAACACUACUUUGGAUUGGUCAACUUUGGGAACACAUGUUACUGUAACUCCGUGCUCCAGGCUCUGUAUUUCUGCCGGCCGUUCCGGGAGAACGUUCUGGGCUACCGGGCCCAGCAGAAGAGGAAGGAGACCCUGCUCACCUCUGCCGACCUGUUCCACAGCAUCACCACCCAGAAGAAGGUGGGGGUCAUACCCCCCAAGAAGUUCAUCUCCAGACUACGCAAGGAGAACGGUGAGGGGGGAGGGGGGGGGGGGGGUUGGGGUGAAGGAGGGGUUGCAGGGCAGAGGGGUAACAGGGUGGAGGCAUCGUGGGGAAGGGGGGGGGGGUGGAGGAGGCAGGGCAGGUGUGCUGUGGUCAGUGAUACGGAGGCGGAGUCCAAGGCGGAGCCCACCUGGGUGCAUGACAUUUUCCAGGGGACGCUGACCAAUGAGACGCGCUGCCUCAACUGUGAGACGGUAAGCAGUAAAGACGAGGACUUUCUGGAUCUUUCUGUGGAUGUGGAGCAGAACACCUCUAUUACACACUGUCUCAGUGACUUCAGCAACACAGAGACGUUGUGUAGUGAAUAUAAAUACUACUGUGAGACCUGCUGUAGCAAACAGGAAGCUCAGAAACGCAUGCGGGUGAAGCGUCUCCCCAUGAUCCUGGCUUUGCACCUGAAGAGGUUCAAGUACAUGGAGCAGCUCCACCGCUACACCAAGCUGUCCUAUCGCGUGGUGUUCCCCCUGGAGCUCCGCCUCUUCAACACCUCGGCCGACGCCCUCAACCUGGACCGCAUGUACGACCUGGUGGCCGUGGUGGUACACUGUGGGAGCGGACCCAACCGAGGUCAUUACAUCACCAUAGUGAAGAGUCAUGGGUUCUGGCUGCUGUUUGAUGAUGACAUCGUAGAGAAAAUCGACGCCCAGGCCAUUGAGGAGUUCUACGGCCUGACCUCGGACAUCUCCAAGAACUCCGAGUCUGGAUACAUCCUCUUCUACCAGUCCAGGGAGUGACGGACGGAGGGAGGCGAGAGAGAGAGAGAGAGAGAGAGAGAGAGAGAGAGACACUAAGAGAAAGAGAGAGGUAGGAGAUAGAGAGAGAGAGACACUAAGAGAGAUAAAGACAGAGGUGGGAGAGAGAGAGACACUGAGAAAGAUAGACAGAGAGAGAGGAGAGAGAGAGACACUGAGAAAGAUGUAGAGAUAAAGAGGGAGACUAAGAUAGAGAUUAACAAAGAGGGAGGAGAGGGAGAGACACACUACGAAAGAUGGAGAGAUCGAAACGAAGAAAGGGGAGCAGAGAGACAGGGCUAAACAGAGAGAGAGAGGGCUAAACAGAGAGAGAGAGGGCUAAACAGAGAGAGAGAGGGCUAAACAGAGAGAGAGAGGGCUAAACAGAGAGAGAGAGGGCUAAACAGAGAGAGGGCGAGAGAGAGAGAGAGAGAGAGAGAGAGAGCUAAACGGAGAGAGGGAGGG